GUCGUGUUUUAAAUAUCCAGAGAAAAUAGAAUAUGUGUCUAUUAUUCCAGCGGUGCAAAGCAUGAGUUUUUAUUUCAAGCAUAGGGCUAUAGUUUACUUAGGUUAUAUUCAAUGUCAACUGAUACUAAUGAUAUUUUGUCUAUUUUCUAUUUGCAAUUGGUCAGUAUUUCGGAGCGGCUGGAGAGCGGAAUUAAAAGCUUCCUGGAAGAAAAAAACAACACCAAAAGCGACGAUAACAAGGCCAAGUUGAAAAUCGUUAAAAUCGAAGACUCUAUUGACAAAACAAACAAAGGAAAUAAUUCUGACAGCGGAAAUUGCUAUUGUGGUAAAGAGCGUAAUCUCAACAUUGUGGAACUACUGUGCGCGAGCUGCUCCAGAUGGUACCACGAAUCAUGUAUUGGCUAUCAACUAGGAAAACUUGUGCCAUUUAUGAUGAACUAUGUUUUCAUGUGCAAAAACUGCUCCCCUACUGGGCUAGAGAGUUUUAAGAAAAAUCAAGCUCCAUUUCCGCAGAUGUGUGCAACUGCUAUAGCAAAUUUGCUACAAACAAGUAUGAAAGAUAGAGAACAAAGGGUCGUAUUUCACAAGGAUAAAGACAUCAUCCCUUUUAUAGAAUGCCAUUGGGAAAGCAUGACCACAAUGCCUAGAAGAGUGACACAGUCUUGGCAUGCUACUAUACAUCGGGCGCUCAUGAAAGAUGUCGGUAGUCUCUUUACCGUUGAUGAAAACAACACAGACGGCCAACAAUUUGGCCUUCUUGUCCCUGAUCUGACGUUAAUGAAGCCCAACUACGAGGCAAUGAUCAAAGGGGGACACCUGAAGGUUACGGAAAUGGGUGUGCAACAUGUUGUGCCAUUAACCGGAGGUCUACGGGGUCGUAAUGCAAAACGUAAAUUUCCUGGCGAAGGGGCAGGAACUGGCCCAGGGAAAAAAGGGCGUGGAUCAGACAUGACUACUCCUAAAUUACCUGCGCAUGGCUAUCCACUUGAACAUCCAUUUAACAAAGAUGGGUAUCGAUAUAUUUUGGCAGAACCAGAUCCACAUGCGCCCUUCAGACAGGAAUUUGAUGAGAGCAGCGAUUGGGCAGGAAAGCCAAUACCUGGCUGGCUUUACCGAGCUCUAAGUCCAAGUACUGUUCUUCUUGCGCUGCAUGAUCGUGCGCCACAGCUCAGAGUUUCUGAAGACCGAUUGGCCGUAACUGGAGAAAAAGGAUACUGCAUGGUCCGAGCAACACAUUGUGUAAGUAGAGGAACUUGGUACUGGGAAGCAACUAUUGAGGAAAUGCCCGAGGGUUCUGCAACCAGGAUCGGAUGGGGGCAGGAGUAUGCAAAUUUACAAGCACCACUUGGCUAUGACAAAUUCGGUUACUCGUGGAGAUCUAGAAAAGGGACGAGAUUCCAUGAAAGUCGAGGAAAACACUUUAGCAGCUCCUACGGAGAAGGUGAUACAUUAGGAUUCCUCAUCACGCUACCAGAUUCGUCUUCUGUAGCGCAUAUCCCAAACACUUACAAAGACCGGCCGUUGGUGAAGUUUAAGAGUCACUUAUACUAUGAGGAAAAGGACCAGGUGCCAGAAGCUCUGAAAGCCCUGAAGUUAUUGAAGGGUAGCAGAAUAGUAUGUUUCAAAAACGGUGUCACACAGGGUGAGGCCUUCACUGAAAUCAAUGCAGGGGCCUAUUUCCCGACCAUAUCUAUCCACAAAAGCGCCACCGUGUCUGUCAACUUUGGUCCCAAUUUCAAAAAUCCACCUAGCGACAUAUCCUACCGAGGGAUGUAUGAGAAAGCCGAAGAAGCCAUUGCCGAGCAAUCGAUGGCAGACAUGUUAUACCUAGCUGAAAAAGAAGGAAAAUUACGACUGGAUACAUUCUCAUUGUGACAUUAAUGAACUAUUUUUAUUUCAACUCAUUAAAUUGACUUGUACAUUGUUUAUAUUGAUUUAAAUUACAAGUGGGUAGAUUCCAUCAAUUUACAUUCUGCCCAUAUUAUCGCUCUAUCGUGAAACUGAACUAUAAUUCGUAGUGACGUUUUCUAAAUAAAUUCAUGAUCAUACCAAA